AGCCAUGAUUGAAUGGCGGAGCUGAUGCAAUGGGCUGAAUGGCCUAAUUUCUGCUCCUAUGUCUUACGGUCUUAUGGUCAUCAUCUAGCUUUUCUAUGAAAAUGGUAAUAAUUGAAUGGAGAAAUAUAAUCUGAAUUUAGAAGGAAGUUUGCUAAUACUACAAUUUCCCUAGAAUUGGGUACGUCACUAGAAUGUGUCAAGAACUGCUGGGAGCUGUGUUGUCAUGUUUGUUCCCAAGGUUACCAGGAAGGAAGAGCAAUAUAUAUAUAUAGAAGCAAGACGAAGCAAAAAUCAUUAACGGAACAGUAGUGGAUACAUGCAAGUCUAUCGGCAAAACCUGUGGUCAACGUUAGUGGACUGUUAGAGGCAAAACCUGCAGCAAGAACUAACUCAAGUGAGGGAAUGCUUUGGUGGAACUCUCUGAACAUCCAUUGUAGUGAGCUGCUGCAUUGAACAGAAAAAGCAUUUUCGGAAGGAUCUGUGUUCCUGCUGUGAGAGAUUGAAAAGACCUGCCAAAGCUACUUGUGAUUUAUUUUACAUAGCAACUUGGAGGCAUCAUGAGCUCCAUAAAAUGUGUUCUCGUGGGUGAUGUAAAAGUGGGGAAAACAGCUUUGCUGGUGAGGUUUACAUCAGAGACUUUCCCAGAUAUGUACAAGCCCACAGUUUAUGACAACACAGGAGUAGAUGUGUUUAUGGAUGGAACACAGAUCAGCCUGGGACUCUGGGACACAUCAGGAAAUGAUUCAUUUCAAGGAAUUCGACCACUUUCUUACCAACAGGCUGAUGUGGUGCUAAUUUGCUACUCUGUAGCAAACCCCAUGUCUUACUUGAACGUUAAAAAUAAGUGGAUGCCAGAAGUCAGAAGCUUUUUACCAAAAGUUCCAGUAUUGGUUGUUGCUACACAAAUAGACCAGCGUGACAUAGGCACUUUUCGCACCAUCACAUCUGUUGAUGGGAAGAGGCUGACAAGAGAUAUCGGAGCACGAGGAUACCUGGAGUGCUCAGCAAUUACUAACAGAGGGGUACAAGAAGUGUUUGAAUAUGCAGUGAGGACAGCUGUCAGAUACAUAAACAAACAAAGCAGGAAGAAGAUCAUCGACCUCAAUAAAUGUGUGAUAGCCUGACUUUCAUUAGCCUGGUAUAGUAAUUUAAAAUAAUUGUAACUUUCCAAUUUGUCAACAAAUACUAAAGGUGUUGUCACCUAAAUGGCUUUCAGCCUGACUGUGUUGAUCAUACAAUAUGGGUACGAGUUGGCUGUGUUCACUGAUGCUACUGUAUCUAUAUCAGUUUCACUGAUUCAUUUCUACUGAAGUAAUGAAUCCCAGUCAGGAACGCUAACGGAAAACUGAGGAGGAGGAACUGAUUUCAGCAUUGACUGUCAUGAACUUUUAGGAGUUCAAAAUACAGUGACAUUUAAUCAUUACGGAAGGAUGGCUGACAUUCUUGUUUUGUGUAUUUAACUUGAGCUGGGUGCCACCAUCAUGCAAGUUAUUUUAAAGAUGAAAUAUUAAAUAAAACUGUAACCUUGCACUCGCUGGUAAAGUGCGUUGAUCUCAGAGAUCCAAGUAAAAGUACAUAGCCAGUACUUUUGAUGACUGUAAUAUUUAAUAAUUUUAUACUU